GGCGUCACCCUGAGCAACAAGCUGCGCUACGCUGAGCUGUCGCUCAUCGACAACUUCAGCUGUCGCCAGUACUACGGGCUGAUCGUCGUAACGGAUUCGACCAUUUGUGCGGAUGGUCGCGGUACCAACGGGGACAUCGCCACUUUCUGCGCGGGUGACAUGGGUGGGCCGCUGGUGCUGGAGGACAGCCCGACCGCGCAGGUGGGCGUGGCGUCGUGGGUGGCGUCGGUGAGCUGCGAGCGCGGCUACCCCUCAGGCUACGAGCGCGUCGCCCCGCACGCCGCCUGGAUCCGCCAGCUCACCGACCUC